UUAAUGAAAAUGUUGCCACAGAAGCCGUCAUUUGUAAGAGCUCACCCAUCAAAAAGUUGUUCCCGCAAAGCAAAUUUGUCGGAUUCGGAGACUGUUGUUCGCCCUUCUAUUUUGCAUCGUCCUUAUUUUCCGACGCCUUCUAAUAAUCAGCAACGAAGUCGUUUACCUAUUAGUGUUCCGCAAACGCGAAAACCAAUCAUCAGCAAUAAAAGUGAAACAAUUUACGAGAGUGUCUCAAGUAGUCAUCAAAGUACGAAUUCUCACAUUUACGAGAUAAUUGGGUCAGAAAGGAAUGCGCGAACGUCAACGCGAGGCGAAAAACCAAAAGUUCCGCCAAGGAAUUCGAGUAUUACAGGUAAAAAGGUACGAGCGACAUUUCCUGUUCCUGAAGUACAGUUGCAAGAUCAGGCAAAAGCAGUUUUGGAACAAACAAUAACGAUGCCAAAUGUACUUCAACCGAAUGUUUUAAAAUAUUUUCAACAAAAGUUGUAUCAAAGUUUCGGCGCUGAUGGAAACGAAAUGAUGAUGAAAGAUAGUCGAGGAUUACUUUUUCCGUAUACGCACAAUAAUAACAACAAUAACGAAAGUCCUUCAAGUAUCUUUGGAGCAUUGAAUCCAAUUAGUGGCGAUGAAAAAAGGCAACAGCAAAUUGAUAUGAUGUUGGAAACGGCACAAUUUCUUGCAACGGCAGCCUAUUUGGAAAGAGCUGCACAAAAAGUAGCGUCAUCAAAGUCACGAACAAUGGAUGUGAAUGCAGGAGGUUAUUGCGGAGCGCUUCAAAGAGCUCCGCCAUCUGUGCCGCCUGCUCUUGCUCGACGAUUAGCAAACAGAGAGAAUUUGGGAUUCGGAAAGGAAACUUGA